AUGACCAAGACCGGGAAAGCCAAGGCCGUUGUCAACGGUACCACGCUCGCGGAGGCGACGGAGUGGGAGGAGGUCGAGGGCAACGUCUACUUCCCGCCCUCGGCGGUCAAGACGGAGGCGUUUGAGAAGACGGAGACGACGACGUUUUGUCCUUGGAAGGGGACUGCGAAUUACUACUCGGUUAAAGUCGGGGAUGACAAGCUCAAGGACGCUGCUUGGUAUUAUCCUACGCCCAAGGAUGGGGCGAAGGAGAUUAAGGACCAUGUCGCCUUUUACAAGAGUAAGGUGACUGUCACUGUCGAGUAG